AUGCCUGUAAUUGAUGUUGAUGAAGCGGAUAUAUUUGUUCUCAGUAAUGGACUUCAAAAAUUAAAUCAGUUAACUAUGGAAAUCAAUGAAAGCCUGUCUAAAAUUACAUCUACGACAUCAAAGUCUAGUCAAAUAUUCACGCCGAUACUAUCGGCAAAUACCAGGUUAACUAUUUUGAAAAGGAAUAUUGAGUCGAGUCUUGAUUCGGUGUCAUCUAUUAAGGAUCUAGCAAGUGAUGCUUCCAAGUAUGAGAUAAUCUUAGAACAAGAUAUUCGUGAGGUAGGUCUGAAGAAGUUUAUCAAGGUUCUUCAUAAGGUCGAUGAUAUAAUGGAUGAUCUAAAGGAGCAGAGUAAGAAAACGGCUGAUUUCAGAGGUAUUGUUACUCAUUUAGAAGAAUUGGUGAGGGUUGGUAAGAAAAACUUACAAAUAUACUUUGCCAAUACACUGAAUAGGAUACAACCCUUCGAUCCCCAAGUAUACAUGACCAAGAAAGUUCAAUUCCCAUUUUACACUACAGAGGAUAUGCAAGAACUGGCUGAUAUACUGAAUUAUUUUUCGAAUUCCGAACGUGAUUUGACUUUGGAUAUUUUUGUGAAACAACGAGGGCAGUUGGUUCUCGGUUCGUUAGCCUUUUUGGAGCCAUUCACCAAGCAAAUUAUGCAGGAGAAGAAUACACCUUACCAGAAGAGUUCCAGUGGGGUCAAUAGCUAUACGGAAGCGCUUGUUACUUUUCUUGGUAAUGAAAGUGCGCUGAUAACAGAGUUAUAUGGUAAACAACCGGAGAAAAGGGCCAUUGUGUUGAAUAAAGUUGGAUUUCCAAUUUUGCAUAAUUACGCAAAAAUUGUAAAACAUAACAUCCAACUAACUAUAGAUGAUUUGAACAAUUAUGGUCUGUUUGUAUUCGAAUUAGGAGAAAAUAUUAACAAAGUGCUCUAUGUGUUGGAUGGAAAACAAUUUCAAGGUUUCGAAGAAUUGAUCCAGUACGAGCAAGAACUUAGAGUGGUUGCGCAAUCUUUGUUUAAAGAUCUAAUCCAAUAUAUUGGCCAAAAGGCAGGAUCUAUGUCGCAGCUUCCCACUGAUAAUGGGGUGACAGAAGCUACAGUUGAUAUAAUGUCACGAUUAAGGAAAUUUAGUGAAUACAAAACUGGUUGUCUCACUACUAUUUGUACGAUGACUCGUGAGUCUUGGCUUCCGAAGGAAUCCAAAAACGUUUGGACGAUAUCAAUUACCCCAAAGCAUGCACAGCAGUUACUGUCAUGUUUUUUCAGUGAUGCAAUUGACUACUUAGCGAUUUCCCUCGAACGGAAGGCUCAAAAAAUUCUCAAUCCAAAUAUGGAACCAGAAGUCGGUGUCCCAAACAAAAGAAUUCCUCAGAUGCAGCGUAUAGGGUUUUUUGUUCUAACAAAUAUCACUUUGAUAGAACAGAUUGUCCAACGUAGUGAAAUUAAUUCUGUGCUUGAGGAAGUUGGCGCUGCAAGGCUAGUAAAACUAAAGGCUCGAUAUGUCAAUUAUUUUGCUUCAGAUUGGAGAGAUUUAGCUUCCAACCUUUUGGAUCAAGUUUUCGUUGAUUCUACUGGUAAAAUUUCAUCAAAAGAUAAAGAUCAAGUAAAGGAAAAGUUCAGAAAGUUCAACGAAGGUUUUGAACAAUUGGUAUCUAAUUAUAAGACAUGCAGGAUCACAGAUCCAUCUAUGAAGAAGUUAUUAAAACAGGAGAUAUUUGCUCUAGUUGCACCAAUGUAUGAAAGAUUCCAUAAUCGCUAUAAGGACUCAUUCAAAAAUCCAAGAAAACAUAUAAAAUAUACCCCUAAUGAGUUGAUGAACGUUCUGAAUUCUUUAGGGAGGUAA